UAAAUAUAGCUAACUGCUUCUGUUUGGAAGGAUGUCCUCUUGUUGAAUUUACAACCACCACAGACUAUGAGAUUCCUGUCAGCCUGUUAACAAUGACACUGGAGUAUGUGCCAGUCAAUGACAACCAUAACAGUGAAGGGAGGGCCCACCUUUAUCAUUUUCUGAUGCUCUCCCGCUCCACACAGCCACAGGCCUUGGAACACUACCUUUCAACUCCAAUUCACCAACCCCCCCAAACCCCCUGAGUGUGAUAGCAAAGCCACUCCCUUCACAGUGAAUUAUAUUUAGAGCCAUGCCACGCAAGACUUAAACCCACCCACCCAUUGGACUACUUAGACGCCACUCAGUCGUAAAGAAACAUCACUUUAGCAGUGGGCCUUAUAAUUCUCAACAGAGAUUGAGUGUUCUCAUCCUAGCUAACUGACACAGUGAAAGAGGGUGCUUACAGAGGUCCUAUUGGUUACUUUUACAGGACACAUUUACAGGACAAGAGCUGAAAACUCGUUGAAACCAUUUGGAAACAAGAGUGCUUAACAUUAGCAGUGUAGUGUCAUCACUAUCAAAGGACAUGGCCUUGUCGGGGACAGGAGUACCACAGUGUAGACUGUGAUAGCGACCUAAGUGGAGACGCCACUACUGGAUCUGCAAUUUUACUGGAGAUGAGCAUUAUGGGAAGGUUCCUGUUUCAAAUCUCUCUGUAAGACGGAGCCUAUGAGUGAACCACUAUGGCGGACUGGAACUUGUUGGGCAAGCUUCUGGAGAGUGCCCAGGAGCACUCCACUGUAGUGGGCAAGGUCUGGCUGACCGUGCUCUUCAUCUUCAGGAUCCUGGUGCUUGGAGCUGCAGCUGAGAAAGUGUGGGGUGAUGAGCAGUCUGGCUUCACCUGUGACACCAAGCAGCCUGGUUGUCAGAAUGUCUGCUAUGACAAGACUUUCCCCAUCUCUCAUAUCCGCUUCUGGGUGCUGCAGAUCAUCUUCGUGUCCACGCCCACUCUCAUCUACCUGGGCCACAUCCUGCACCUGGUGCGCAUGGAGGAGAAACAGAAGCAGAAGGAGAAAGACUUGGCUGAGCAACUGGCAAUCCACAAUGACAAGCAGCAGCUGCUGCCUGACGCCAAACCCAAGAAGCCCCCCGUCCGGGACGACCUGGGCCGCGUCCGCCUGCAGGGGGUCCUGCUGCGCACAUACGUCUUCAACAUCAUCUUCAAAACCCUGUUCGAGGUGGGAUUUAUCAUAGCUCAGUACCUGCUCUAUGGGUUUGAGCUGAAACCUCUGUACACCUGUAACCGCUCACCCUGUCCCAACGUGGUGAACUGCUACAUCUCCAGGCCCACAGAGAAGACGAUCUUUAUCCUCUUCAUGUUGGCAGUGGCAUGCAUAUCUCUGGUGCUGAACAUAGUGGAGAUGUAUCACUUGGGGUUCACCAAGUGCCGCCGGUACAGACACGUCCAGACCCCAUGUGAGACAGGGUCCAAGGCCCCCAGCGAGGCAGUGGUGCCUUCUGUCCCAAACUAUAACUACUUCCCUAGGCACCACCCAGCCCCUGAGCCCUACCAUGCAGACCAGUACAUCAUGAAUGAGCCUGACUCUGCCUACCACCCCUACAACAGCAAAGUUGCUUACAAGCAGAACAGAGACAACCUGGCUGUAGAGAUUAACAGUAAACCAGAAGGGGGUGACACCACAGAAAGGAAAGGCUCCAGUUCUGCUCCAGAGUCGCCUUCAGAGAAACAACGGCGACCCAGUCGAUCCAGCAAGCACAGCAAUAGUAAGACCAGACUAGACGAUCUGAAGAUCUGAGGGACAGUUAUGGCGCAUUUCCACCACUGGGUUUUAUACAGGUGCUUGGCCUAAAGGUUCAAACUUUUGUGUUUCUACCUUUGAGGUGGGGGAGGGGGGGAGAGUAUUGGGCCAUGGACCUACUGACUUGUGUCCAGAGUGGGACUUCUGGAGAUGUAUUAAAAUAAUGGUUAACAGUUAACGUAAUAAUUGAGCCGUUUCCUUCUCAAAAGCAAAUGAGUUUUCAGAGGUUGUUGAUUCUGCACAAGUCCUCAUUGUAGCUUUGGAAACAAUUUCCGUAGUAUAAUACCAGGGUGUAUACACAAGCGUAACACCUCAUCAUAGUCAAAAAGUGUCAGUCAAAUUUGUACAAUAUACAUUUCACCCUGUACCAGAGUAGACAAUGUGCCUUUGAUGGAAAGCAUUGUAUCAGGAGAGCAAGGUUAUGGAAGGAACAAUAUGGAAGAUAAGAUUAUUUCCUCUUCUGACAUGAUCAGAAUGGACCAUAUCUGUAUUAUCUAAAACAAUAUACAGUGGGGCAAAAAAGUAUUUAGUCAGCCACCAAUU